AUGAAAAGCUGGACUCGAGUUGUAUUCUGCGCGGCUUUGCUGCUCCUGAUCCCUUUAUAUCUCCUGAAGCUUCAUCUGGAAGACUUCUACGACCAGUAUAGUGCAGGCACAUAUCUGGUCGACUGGGUCAGGUCGCGCUAUUUCCAGCAAGGCCCGCCAACAAUCCCCCACGGACGAGUGGGCGACAAAGUCAUCGUCAUGGCGAGACUGGAGGAAGAACACACGGAGUGGGUUGAGCAAGAACUACCAGACUGGCAACGCGCAAUCUACAUCGUCAACCCCUCCAAAGCCACCGCUGCAGACAAUCACAAACUCACCACCCCGCUCAACAAGGGCCACGAGUCCAUGGCCUACCUCACCUACCUCAUCGACCACUACGACGCCCUCCCCGCCACCAUCGCCUUCCUCCACUCCCACCGCGCCGGCUUCCUCAUGGCCUGGCACGUCGACGCCCCCCUGCACGACAACGUCGCGGCCAUGCGCGCCUUGCAGCUCGACUUCGUGCAACAAAACGGCUACGUCAACCUCCGCUGCAACUGGAAUCCAGGCUGCAAGGCCGACCACCGCCUGAACCGCCACGUUACAGAGAGAGUCUGGGCGGAGAUCUUCGAGGGAACGAGCACGCCGCCGCUGAACUCGUCAUUGUCAUCAUCAUCAUCAUCGUCGUCGUCGUCGUCGUCGAUGCUGGACGCCCAGCAGCAACAGCAGAAGUUCCUCGCGAAACCCAAACAUCUCGGCGCCGCAUGCUGUGCGCAGUUUGCCGUCUCGCGGGAGCAGGUCCUCCGGCGGCCACAGGCCGACUAUAUCCGGUUUCGGCAGUGGGUGAUCGAUACGCAGAAGGACGAUGCGGCGAGUGGGCGGGUGAUGGAGUUUCUGUGGCAUGUGAUUUUCGGGAAGGAGGCUGUGUAUUGUCCCGACGAGGAAGUGUGCUACUGCCAGGUGUACGGGAAAUGCUAA